AUUUUUUCUCAUUUCAUUCCCCAUCCCCAUUCCCUUCACAGAAAAGGGUAUUCGAUUCAGACUAAUUAGCAAACCCUAUAGAACCUCUCUUCUCUCUUGUCGGCCUUCAACUAUUGAGAACCAUGGCGAACGCGGCGUCGGGGAUGGCGGUGGAGGACGAGUGCAAGCUAAAGUUUCAGGAGCUAAAGGCGAAGAGGAACUACAGAUACAUAAUAUUCAGGAUCGACGGCCAACAGGUCGUCGUCGAAAAACUCGGUAGCCCCGACGACACCUACGACGACUUUGCUGAUUCUCUUCCCGUCAACGAGUGCCGUUACGCCGUCUACGACUUCGACUUCACCACCCCCGAGAACUGCCAGAAGAGCAAGAUCUUCUUCAUCGCCUGGUCGCCGGAUUCAUCGAGGGUGAGGAUGAAGAUGGUGUAUGCAAGCUCAAAGGACAGGUUCAAGAGGGAACUAGAUGGGAUUCAGGUGGAGUUGCAGGCCACGGAUCCUAGCGAGAUGAGCAUCGACAUCAUCAAGAGCCGAGCUCUCUAGAUAGAUGAUCAUCAUCCAUCAUCCAACAUCCAUCAUCCAUCAUCCAUCAUCCAUCAUCACCUUAUAUAUCUUACCGCAUUUCUGCAUAAAUACUGAAGAAACUAUUUUUCCGUGUUGUGUAAUUUUAUUGGAUUCGUUCUUUCUUCUUCUUCCUCCUCCACCCUUUUUUUGGUGUUUAAAUUAAAAUUUCCGGUGGCAUUCUGGGUUUUGUAUUGAAAACCAUGUAGUUCGUGUCAUGUAUUACUUUUGCAACACAAAUUACUCGA